CACGGCGAAGAGGAAAGAGGUCGCGAUGGCGGCGCUGGAGCCGGAAGUGUUGUCCGCGGACGCAGUCCCUGAUUUGGAGUGGUAUGAGAAGGCGGAGGAGACCCAUGUUCCCCAGAUAGAACUACUUGAGACUACCUCCGCCCAAGGACCUCUCAACCCUUCGGAACACUUUUGCCCCAGAGACUGCAUGGUGCCAGUGGUGUUUCCCGGGCCUGUGAGCCAGGAAGGCUGCUGCCGGUUUACUUGUGAACUUCUAAAGCAUAUAAUGUACCAACGCCAGCAACUCCCUCUACCCUACGAACAGCUUAAGCACUUCUACCGAAAACCUUCUCCUCAGGCAGAGGAAGUGGUGAGGAAUAAACCUCGGACUGCCACUGAGACGAGCAGCAAGAAAUGCCAACAAGCCCUGGCAGAAAUGGAGAGUGUCUUCAGCCACCUAGAGGGCCUCUUUGCCCGGACACUGGUACCACGAGUGCUGAUCCUCCUUGGGGGCAGUGCUCUAAGCCCCAAGGAGUUCUAUGAGCUUGACUUGUCCCGACUGGUCCCUGACAGCAGGGAGCAGAGCCUGAACACAGCAGCUUGUUUGCGCCGUCUCUUCCGAGCCAUUUUCAUGGCUGAUGCCUUCAGUGAGCUUCAGGCUCCUCCACUCAUGGGCACCAUCAUCAUGGCACAGGGACAUCGUGACUGUGGAGAAGAUUGGUUUCGACCCAAGCUCAACUACCGAGUGCCCAGCCGGGGCCACAAACUGACUGUGACCUUGUCUUGUGGUAGGCCGCCCAUCCCUACCACGGCCUGGGAGGAUUACAUUUGGUUCCAGGCACCAGUGACGCUUAAAGGCUUCCACUAAUGAAUGAGGGUGCUUGUUAAUCCUGAUAACACAAUGGCUGAAUUUUCUUUCCCCCUGUGGUACCAAGUCAUCCAACUCUUGCUUGGAGCUACAGCUGCUUCCUGGUGAAGGAGGAAGAUUCGAACCUUCUCGCUGCCUGCCUCCCCUCCUCAGACUUCCUAGUGGGCUCAUGGUGUGGCUGUGGCUGUAAUAAUCAUCAGUGAACAACAUCUUUUUGAAUCAUAGGGUUGAUUUUACCAGAGGGUGCUGGGUUAGGUGCUUCUGUUUGGGGUUGGAAAGUAAAUAUGGGCCCAUGGACACUCCUGUGAAGGAGGCUAGUUUCUGCUUUUUGUGUGGCCUUUCAGAAUUUUUACUAGGGACAUGAUGUGGGUGUGACUCAUGAACUUAAAUAUAAAAUGAAAGAAUUCAUACUGAAUUUUCCUGAAAAUCUCUUGCCUCAAAGAGACUUUCCAGCUUGUGGCUAGAUAUUUGGCCUCUGUUGCUUCAGGGCUUCCAGGAUUUUAUUGCUAAUGGUUCUUUCUCUUCAUCAGCCCCAGGCCAAUCUGGAGAGUAAAGGGACUUGGCUAAGGCCCUAUAACUAGAGUGAUAGCAGAGCUGAGAUUAGAGUCCUCAUCAGCUGACUUCUAGUCCAACUUUCUUUCCUUGCCACAUACUGGUUUUGGUGACCCUUAGAUUCUGUCUGCCCAAAGCGGAGAUCACCUUUGAUGUGGGCAAAAUUCUGGUAAGGAACUUAACAGGCCACUCAGUGAGACCGCUGUGAUGUAGGGGAGCGGUCUGGCCCUGUGCUUGUUUGUAGUAAACCCUGAGUUAACGUGCUGAAAGAAUGGUAAGAGGUGAGGAGCUCCCUGCAAGCCUUUUCACCCUCUGAGAGCAUUUGUCCAUCAAUAAAUGGUCAGCUGUAGCCUUGAGUGCCAUGGGUGCUGCUGGCGGUCUGUCAGCACAGGAGAAGCUGCAUCAUGUCCUACUUUGUUAAGGCAACCAUUGAUUAUAAACACAUGCCGUGUGCCAAGCAUGGCAAUCUGAGGCCUAAGAGUGGGCCCUGCAGCCUCUUCCAACUCUUCUGGGGUCUAAAUGAUCCUGGUGAACCUGGCCCAUUCUGCCCCUCAGAUCUGAGAAACAAAUGCAGGGGAAUGGGGCUCUGAGAAACUGGGAUGAGAGAGAACUGAGAAUAGUAAAACAGGAGGGCAUUUGCAAGGCCUGACUGAACUGUGGGCUGAGGCCCACCAGGAAUGCCCUCUGGGGUCAGCUCCCUGAGGCUAAAUGUCCCUUCUGGAGUUCUGCCCAGCCUGUCUCCACUGCAGUUGUCUGGUGGCUGUUGGCAGUUACCGCUGGCAAUAUUGUCCUUAAGCAAACCUUGCCCUCCUGCCUGUGGCAGUUCCUCCUCAGCUAUCCUGAUCCUUGUUUUUAUCCUCUCUGGCUUGAUGCUGUCCUGACCACCAAAUGUGGAAGCUGUUUGUCCCUAAGGAAGGAGAACACCUGCACAUUUCCUGGAUGCAAGCUAAAAACAGAAUCCUCACCCUGCUGAUGUUGGAGAUACGUGUACAUAGAUAUAAACAGGAACAAUAAUACAUAUAAUGCAAGAUUAUUGUCGGCGUUAGGUGCCAUCGAGACAGUUCUGACUCAGCGAACCUGUGUACAACAGAAUGAAACACUGCCUGGUCC